GAUCCGAUCACAUUUCUAACGUAAUCAGUGGCUGUCACUCGAAUAGGUCUACACUACGCAGCUUACAGGUAUUGUUACGGAAGAAAUCGGAAAACUAUGCCUACUACAGGUCAAAUGAUCGGUUAUACUGCCAUGUUGGGGGUGGCGUUCCUGGCGGGUCGUCUCGAUAUUAACGUCAAGAACCACAUGGCAACGGUGAGUCGGUUGGUGCAGCAAUCACUCCGUCUCGAGGCCGUCUCCAAGAUGGAGCGUUCCGAAACAAUACACGUGGCCUGGCAGCUCCAACACGUCCACGACGAAGCCACCGAGUUGACUCAAAAAGCCCAACAAGAUUCGUACCGGGCCAAGGUCGAAGAAGACGUGUACGCUGCCCGCAGUCGACAGCGGGGUGACUAUUACGAGUUUCUCGCGGAACACGAUCGAGUCGCCGCCGACAACUUGUACACCCAGCGGAACAACACGGAACUCCGGCACGCACAGAUACUGGCCAACAUUUCGCAAGAGCUGCGGCAGCGCGAACACGUCUUGCAGGAAUUGCGAGAGAUUAAUCCCGGGGCGUGCGGAUGGGCCGUGAUCAAGUCCAUCUGUGACGUGGUAGGCCACACGGCCCGACUCCAGCACCAAGCCGAAGAUGAGUUAGUCCAGAUCCACAAGGACUGGCAGCGCGCUAGGGACAUGGAGCGGAACGAGUACUUGGAAGAACUAGUGGCGGAGCUGCUACAGGGUCACGCGAACAAGUACAACGAAACUGCCAACGAUUUGUUCCAGGUGGCGGACUUAUGGGAUCAACGAGCGGAACAAGCCCGCCAACAGGCCACCGCUGAAAACGUUACGGCUGUGGCACUGCAGCACGAAGAGGCUAUGUUGCAACACGAGCUCGAUCAAGAAAUUGCUUGGACGCACAAUAAUUCGUCCGCAUCCGAAACGACCAUGGAGAAAGCCGGCGCUCAACGGCGCGCCGCUGCCUGGGACGCGUUGGGGGCUAUGAUUCUAUCAUUGGCGGCUUUGGUGUUCUUUACCCGACACGCGGUGCCCCGCACUGUCGCUCUCUUCCAGACGACUCGAGCGUGGAUCAUGGACCAGAAAGGACUCCACUACGACAACACACAUGACACUCCGGAAGCGUUUUGGAGGACCUUGAGUUUUGUUGUGCAGCACACAUUGAUUUUUUUGCUUUGUCUCGGGUUGGUGACCCGCGGGGCCGACAAUUGGAUGUCCUCCCUGUCCAGUUACGGUCGUCGAGAGCGCGCUGUCUUAAUCCUUUGCUUUUCUUUGGAUGCAGCGGCUGUGCAGACCGUUUUUCUCCACGUCUUGCCCUACAUGCUGAUGUUUCCGUUUGCCGCUCAAAAUUGGCGUCGACUGGCUAUCUUCUAUGCGAAAAGACUUGUGCUGCUGACUUUCUUAUUUGUGAUAGAAUUUCUGCUGGUGUGGAUGGUUGUAGGAGACACCGCGGCAUCUUCCGUAAUGAAUGCGGUUUCGUCGAUAUGGUUUCGAUUGCUGGUGGCCGUGUCCCUGUUAUGGCAUGCCAUCUCGUUUCAACCUCCCUUUUUAUCCGACGAAGCGUCCACCGUGCUACUUGAUCAAGACGCGAACAAUGAAGACGAGAGCCUUUCUGAGGUAUCACCUUUACGAGAUAACAGCAGUUUUGGAUCGACAACAACGGAACGAGCAAUGCUGCAGAUGCAGUUCGGCCCAAACGCCCACUAUUCGCAUCCUAGCGACUCGGCUGGUAGCCGAACUCUCUCUUCGCGCACGCCAAUUUUGGACGACUCGUUUCUGGAAGAAUUUACUCGACUGCUGGUCCCGUUGGAGUUAUUGAUUGUUACUUGCAUGGUUAAUAUUGCUCGUGACUCCUUUACCAAGAUAUGGCAAGUUCCGGUUCUGCUAGAAUUCUGCCUUUUGGGGAGCUUGGCUAUGGUUGCGGGAGCCUUCUGGUACCGAGCCACAACGGCGAAUACCGUGUCGGGGUCGGAUGUGGAGCGGGUAUCCUCCAACAAGUUUCACAAUUUGGAAAUUGUUGCCGUCUAAAAAAUCCGCAAUUGUUUCUUUACAUAUGCUUACACUAAAUGUACACUGUAUUUG